GUGUUAGUAGAAUCAGCUGAUGUCAAUGCCCAAUCUGCUUUCUCGUCACAACUUCACAGUGGAUAAAAAUUACCAGCCGAUUCUGAAAAAGUUCCACUUCUUCUCGCUUCACAAUCGAAGCAUCUAAAUAUGAGUGAACCUGAGCUACGGCUGGAUCCGGCCAUCCGGAUUUGGGUGUUUUUACCCAUCGUUCUCAUCACUUUCCUGGUGGGAAUCGUGCGACAUUAUGUCUCGGUCUUGCUCACUUCGGCCAAGAGUGUGGCUCUCAAUCAAGUCAUGGACAGCCAACUGCUGAUUCGGUCUCGGAUGCUCCGAGAGAACGCCAAAUUCCUGCCCAAGCAAUCCUUCUUGAUGCGAAGACACCAUAUGAACAACGAGGACAAUGGAAUUUUGAAGAAUCAAUUAUCCCGCACCACAGUCCAGCCCAACCCUAUGACCGACCCUUCCAUGAUGACCGAUAUGCUCAAGGGCAACUUGACCAAUGUCUUGCCCAUGAUUGUGAUUGGGGGUUGGAUCAAUUGGCACUUUUCUGGCUUCGUCACCACCAAAGUACCAUUUCCACUCACCCUUCGAUUCAAACCCAUGCUUCAACGAGGCAUUGAACUCAUGUCAUUGGAUGCCUCAUGGGUGUCCUCGGCGUCUUGGUACUUUUUGAACGUCUUUGGCUUGAGAAGCAUUUACGCUCUGGUCUUGGGCGAGAACAACUCGGCCGAUCAGAGUCGGGUUAUGCAGGAUCAAAUGUCCAUGCAAGCCGGUGGAAUGCCUCAGGAUCCUAAGCAAGCCUUCAAGGCCGAGUGGGAGGCACUGGAGGUCACGGAGCACCACUUCGCUCUCAAGAACGUGGAAGUGGAUAUGAUGGCGGUGGUGGGACCCACGGGCGAUGAUUUGUACCAUCAAAACCAAAAAAGCAUUCAUUGAAUAUUUAUGACCAUUUUUCAUUCGCAAUGAUGUCAAAUUCGUUUGCCAUGUCUUUGAUUCUCUUCGUUGUUCCCCUUUAUAAUAAACGUUUCACGCCGCUCA